AUGUCUCCUUAUCAAUUAGUUUUUGGAAAAUCAUGUCAUUUUCCUUUUGAGAUGGAGUAUAGGUCUUAUUGGGCGAUAAAGAAGUUGAAUAAAGAUUUCCAAAAGGCCGGGGAGGAAAGGCGUCUGUUUCUCAAUGAGAUGGAUGAAUUUCAAAUGGAAGCCUAUGAUUGCUCAUCUACUUACAAAGAAAGGAUGAAGGCUUACCAUGAUAGGAUGAUUAGUCCACGAGAGCUCACCUUGGGGGAUGUAGUUUUGUUGCACAAUUCGAGACUCUCUCUUUUCCCAGAAAAGAAGUCCAAAUGGACCGGUCCGUACAUGAUCAAGAAAAUCUAUGAUAUUGAGACGGUCGAGUUGCUAGCUCCAGAUGGGAUGUUGUUUCAAGCCAAUUGCCACCGUGUGAAGAAAUACUAUAGUCCGGACAAGGUGGUGGAAGAUGAAGUAGCACUAGAAGAACCACCCAAGGAGUAA